AUGAAUACAGGUAUUCUAUGUAUCAGUAUUCUAUGUAACAGUAUUCUGUGUACCAGUAUACUGUUACAGUUAGUGAGAGCAGCAUCAGAAGAAAGAGUCAAACAGGUGAACAUGAAGUUGAAGAAGACGUUGAUGACAUUCUUGGAUAAAUUUGAGGAGUACAGGUGUGGAUCUAUGAGUUUAGCAAAAUGGAAUCAGGUUGUGGUAGAGCACAACUUGACUGUGGUUUAUGAAAGAGGAAAUGGUGUGGUUUAUAGGGAUAAUUCAGGUGCAUAUGCAGUGAAACUAUCCACUAUUAAGAGUGAUUCACCAGCAUUCACAAGAAAGAGGAUAAAUCACCCAAAUAUUAUGAAAGUGUAUUGUUGGGCGAUAAAGAGAAUGAUUGGUAGGAGGAAAAAGAAGAAGAAAUUCAUUUUGGUGGCAUCAGUCUAUGAGUUAUGUGAUGUCAUUAUUGAUAGUAGGCUGAUAAAUAAUGAUGAAAACAGAAUAAGAUCAAUUGUACAACAAGUACUACUGGGACUGGAAUACUUGCAUAGUAAGAAACUGGUUCAUCUUGAUAUUAAACCUGAUAAUAUCAUGGGUGAAACGGGUGAAAAUGGGAGUAUAACGUAUAAACUGAUUGAUUUGGAUACAAUUGUGGAUUUAGUACCUGAGAAUGUGAAGAAUCGUAGACAGGUGUUCACUAGGGGGUAUGUUGAUCCAGAAUAUCGUAAAAAUAGGGUGAUGAUUGAAUCGGAUAUUUAUCAGUUAGGAAUGACAGCAUGGGCACUCUCGUACAUGGAGAAGGGUGAUAAAGAGUGGUGUAAAAAGUGGAGGAAGAAGUACAACAAGAGAGAGACGCAGCACGAAUUCAAGCCACUCUCAUCAGUGGAAUACUGUGAUUUUGUGAGGAUAUGCACAGAUUAUGAUCCAAGAAAGAGACCAAAUUGUAGGGAACUACUUCAUCACCCGUUUAUUACUGGAAGAAGCAGUAGUUAG